GGAACAUACCCUUAAAGAAGUCUGUCUAUUAUUGUCUAUGGUACAAAUGUAAUAUUCAAUACCAACAUAAUAAUCGAAAACAUAACCUAAAAAUCACUACAUUAUCGAAGGUUUUUACAUUAUUAUUGUAAACAAUUACUUGAAUUUUCGAGCAUUAUGUAAAAGAUUUUAAUUGAAUAGCCCAUGAUUAUUUAUAUGACACAACAAUGUUACUUUUUUGAUCAGAUACUUUGACGUUUAUUUUCGCGGUCGCCAAACGUUGAAUCUUUCAUAGAACCGUACAGCGUAUAGAAUUCUGUUGACGUUUACACUUUUGCCUUAAAAUAUAUUCAAGAGGGAUUCAGUCAAUUUCUUAUAUGUAUCGCAGACGAUACAGCGUAGAUGUUCCACAAUGACCUCAGGCCUGUGUGCAGAUGAUGUGGUUGUGCGCAUUACAACCCCGCAGAUAAUUACUUCGCAGACGCUGGUGGCCGGCGGGGCCGGGGGCGCGGGCGCGCGCGUGGCGGCCUCCUCCGCCGCCGUGGAGCUCGGCCGCCGGCUGCUGGUGGCCGCGCGCGCCGGCGACACGCAGCUCGUGCUCGACCUCAUGGCCAAGGGCGCGCCCUUCACCACCGACUGGCUGGGCACGUCGGCGCUGCACCUGGCGGCGGGCGGCGCGCACGCGGGCACGUGCGCCGUGCUGCUCCGCGCCGGCGUGUCGCGCGACGCGCGCAGCAAGGUGGAGCGCACGCCGCUGCACCUGGCGGCGGGCGCGGGCCACGCCGCCGUGGCGCGCCUGCUGCUGGACGCGGGCGCGGCGGUGGACGCGCGCGACAUGCUGCGCAUGACGCCGCUGCACUGGGCGGUGCAGAACGGCCACGCGGCGGCGGCGGCCGAGCUGCUGCGCGCGGGCGCGGACCCGACCCUCCGCAACAAGUUCCGCAAGUCGCCGCUGGAGCUGGCGCGGCGACUGCGGCGCGCGGACCUGGUGCGCCUGCUGGAGGACGCACUGCGCCAGCGCGAGGCGGCGCGCUCGGUGUCGGCGCUGGUGGACGAACAAAUGGCAGAAGUAUCCACCGCAGAACCUGAGAUAGAAACAUUCGAUGCGGUCCAAAGAAUUCAGGAUAUGAAACUACCGAGACCAAAACAGAAUGAUAAGGCAGUAAAAGAAGAAUCAAAAAUGGAGGGCGCAGCGGACGGCGCCGGGGGCGGCGGCGGGGCCGGGGGCGCGGGCGGGGGCGCGGACGGCGCGGGCGAGCUCCUGCGGCGCCACGGCAUCACGCUGCUGCCGGCCGACCCGGGCGGCACCGUGCUGUCCGCGCUGCAGUGCGGCCGCACCGUCGUGCUCUCCGACGCAGGCAAAUUGAUGUUAAAGGAGAGCAGCGAGAGCCCGUCGCCGGCGUCCAACAAGGCGGGCACGGCGUCGAGCCAACCAAAAGGCGUGGUACUAACGGCCACGCCAGUUAAAUCGCCCCCGAAACCUGGUGUGAAGAUAUUCACUCUGAACAACAAACUCCUCGCGGUGCCCAAGGACAACAAAAUACCCGUGAAAAAGAUUAUUAACCCGCAAGACAUGCAGGUGAAAUUCGUUCAAUUGCCUCCAGACGCCAAGUUAGUGUCUCCUUCGAAAAUAGUACCAAUGAAGGCAAAAAGCAGGAUGGCAGUACGCCAGGGCGGGACGUCACCCAGCGCGCGCCCCGCCGUCAAGAUCAUCAUGAACAAGUCCAACUUCCACAGACUACUCGCCACCGCCGGAGCCACGCAGGUGUCGACAAAUGCAGCGGCAGUCGCGGAUAGCGAUUUAGCAGAAGGCGAAGAAGAACUAGCGCUCACAGAGGACGCGGCACCCGCCGACACUAGCGACGCGGACAGUCCCGCCGCACUGCGCGCGCAGCUAGCGGCCGCCACGCGGGCGCUCGCCGCCGCCAGGCGAGAUCUACGCCUCGCCCGCGCCCGCCUGGCGCACUACGAGCGCCUGCACGACCUCUAGCGCCUGCCGCCGCCCGCGCCCGCCUGGCGCACUACGAGCGCCUGCACGACCUCUAGUGCCUGCCGCCGCCCGCGCCCGCCUGGCGCACUACGAGCGCCUGCACGACCUCUAGUGCCUGCCGCCGCCCGCGCCCGCCUGGCGCACUACGAGCGCCUGCACGACCUCUAGCGCCUGCCGCCGCCCGCGCCCGCCUGGCGCACUACGAGCGCCUGCACGACCUCUAGUGCCUGCCGCCGCCCGCGCCCGCCUGGCGCACU